AUGUGUCAGUCGUUGCCGUACGAGCGAUUUGACACGCGUUUACGCACUAACGCGAAUAACGAUUUUGAGAAGAAUCUGUACAAGUUGAUGAACAACGCCGUCUUCGGCAAGACCAUGGAGAACGUGCGCAAUCGCGUGGACGUUCGACUCGCGACUCGAUGGAACAUUCGAUUCGGAGCCGAGGCGCUCAUCUCCAAGCCGAAUUUUCACAGUAGAAGCGUAUUCUCGGAGAAUCUCAUGGCCGUGGAAUUGCGCAAAUUGGAUGCGAAGAUUGACAAACCGAUCUACGUAGGCAUGUCCAUUCUCGAUAUAUCCAAGAUUCAUCUGUACGAGUUUCACUACGAAUACAUGUCGCCGCUCUACGGCGAUAAGUAUAAGAUAUUGUACACCGACACGGACAGUCUCAUUUAUAGCGUAGAGUGCGAGGAAGCGUACGAGCGAAUGAAGCGCGACAUCGAUAGAUUCGACACGAGCGAUUACGCCGUCGACAAUCCCUAUGGCGUGCCGCGCGCAAAUAAAAAGAUUCUCGGUCUGAUGAAGGACGAGAACAACGACGCUCUCAUGCUCGAGUUCGUCGGAUUCAGAGUGAAGAUGUACGCGUUGCGAGUCGAGGGUAGGGGCGACACUAAGAAGAGCAAGGGCCUGAGGAGCAGCGUCGUCGCGAGAACGCUGACGUUCGACGAUUACGAGCGCUGCUUGAGACGCGAGAUCGAGAUGACUCGCGAGCAGUCGUGCCUGAGAUUCAAGUUACACGAGGUGUACACCGUGCGCGAGUCGAAGGUGGCGCUCAGUCCGUACGACGAUAAGCGCUACGUCGUGCCGGAUUCGACCGAUACUCUGCCGUGGGGGCACUACAGGAUACCUCUGUGA